CCCACUAUCUCAACCCAUCUUUCACGGCAGUGUAGUGCCCGCAGACGCCUGCUACAAUGGCGGUAGACCAUGAGAAACAGACUGAUGCUCGAGUCUGCGCAGCCGAUGUAUACGAGAAUGGUCAUGAUCCCUCGAGAACGGAAAGGCUUGGACUGGGCAGGAUAACUCGCAGGUUGCUCACAUUGGGCGUAGAGACAAGGGGAAUCUACCCUGUUCCGCUUCAUCAGCGAACAGACAGGAACUUCCAUAAAAUAUUCUUUAUGUGGUUUUCCAUGAACUUCAAUAUUCUGUCUUUCUCAGCUGGUACAGCUGGUCCUCUUGUCUUUUCUUUGAACCUACGCGAUAGCUGCCUCCUGAUCCUGUUUAUAAACGUGCUGUGUUGUGUUCCACCCGCAUACAUCUCGAUCUGGGGACCGAAAUUAGGUCUAAGAACAAUGUGCCAAUCGCGCUACAGCUUCGGGUUUUAUGGAGCGAUAGUACCGAGUAUAUUCAGCCUGCUUACAAUGACUGGCUUCAUGAUCCUUAAUUGUAUUCUUGGUGGACAAACACUCGCUGCUGUCUCUGAGGGUCAUCUGGACUGGACUAUUGGAAUUGUCGUUAUCGCCAUUCUUUCGCUACUCGUCUCGUUCUGCGGCUAUAGAGUUCUAAACUGGUACGAGCGCCUGUCCUGGCUUCCAGUACUUAUAGUAUACCUCGUCGCACUGGGGGUUGGUGGCAAGCACCUUUCGAAUCCUCCUCCAUCAGAGCCUGCUACUGCUGCGACAGUGCUUUCGUUUGCAUCUGUGUUAGCGGGUUUUGUCUUGACAUACGCCCCAAUGGGCUGUGAUUUCACAACGUAUAUGGACCCGAAGGGUUCCAGCUGGCCGCUGGCGACCUACUCGUACUUUGGCUUCCUCCUGCCUAUAGUUGCGAUUCAGUGUCUCGGUGCUGCGUUUGCAGUAUCUAUUCCUCUCGUCCCGUCUUGGUCAGCUGCAUAUGCAGACCAAUCUUUCGGAGACCUCUUCGUCGCCGUCCUCAGCCCAACAGGCGGAUUUGGAAAAUUCUUAAUAGUGCUCUUGAGUCUAAGCGUCACUGCAAACAUCGCACCUACGAUGUACUCGUUUGGCCUAACGUUCCAGGUAUUCUUCCCCUUCUGCGCACACUUGCCGAGAUAUGUGUUUUCUGUCCUUGCUACAGCCAUAGUUAUCCCUCUGUCAAUCGUCGGCGCACAUCGCUACUAUACAACGUUGACGAAUUUCCUUGGUCUGAUCGGCUACUGGGCAUCAUGCUUUAUCGCAGUCGUACUUAUGGAGCAUUUCGUUUUCCGAGCACUUGCUCAAUCAAUCGUUCCCUCCUCUUCUUCCUCCCCGACAGUCGACCCCAAACUGAACCCUGCCGCAACCGACACUGCCAAAGAUGGACACCAACAAUACAGUACAGAUGCAUUCUCCAAUUAUGACAUCUCCGCCUGGAACACACCCUCCCGACUUCCAAGUGGCCUCGCAGCGCUCGGCGCAAGCGUGUUAAGUUUCAGUCUCGUCGUUCCGUGCAUCGAUCAAGUAUGGUUUGUCGGUCCGAUCGCAAAGUCGACGGGGGAUAUUGGGUUUGAGGUUGCGCUUGUGUUGACGGCAUUGUUUUAUUUGCCUUUGAGGUAUGCUGAGGUCAGGUGGAGGGGUGGUUUGUGAUAACUUCCUGAGUCAGUUUGGAAAGCUUUGUAACCCAGUCAGAUAGCUUGAUGUUGUAGAGGAAAGGACUGGUAGGAAGGACUGGUUAAGUCAGAAUUUUAUUGCCUCAUCUUAACAGAUCUGUCUGAUUUGUUGCUGCCUUGCAAAAUUUUGUUCUUCUUCAAUGGCUACUUUGAUAUAGAUUUUAGAAACAAAGGUCAAUCCUAACUUCUGAUAUAUAUCUUGUGAAUUUCUGC